GCUAAGAAAACAGUGGGAACCGAAGAUAAAACCAGAGAAAGAAAAUGCCACCUCGGGAUUACGAAGCCGAUAAAGAAAAAAUCAAGACCUUCCUCCGAGAGUUUUACAUCGACGGUGCAGAUGGUGGAAAAGAUUUUGUCUAUGGACAGCAACUGGUGAAAAUUGCCCACAGAGAGCAGGUUGGUCUGACGAUUGAAAUUGAUGACAUAACAGAAUAUGACCCUGAUCUUGGCGAGGCUAUUGUAGACAACACCAGACGCUACAUCAAUAUAUUUAGUGAUGCUGUCCAGGAACUUUUGCCUGAUUAUAAAGAAAGAGAAGUUGUGAACAAAGAUGCAUUGGAUGUGUAUAUUGAACAUCGUCUUCUUAUGGAACAGAGAAAUCAUCCUGAUGGAGCAGAAAUUACCCGUGACCCUAAAAAUAAAUACCCACCUGAAUUAAUGAGAAGAUUUGAACUUUACUUUAAAUCCCAAUCCGGACAAAAGCACUCUGCCAUUAGGGAUGUCAAGGCCGAUAGUAUCGGGAAAUUGGUGUGCGUCAAGGGAAUUGUUACCAGGGCAACAGAGGUCAAACCAAUGCUGGCCGUUGCCACAUACACCUGUGAUACAUGUGGUAAUGAGACCUACCAGCCAAUCAGCUCACCUUCUUUCAUGCCUUUGAUUAUGUGUCCCAGUCAAGACUGUACAACAAAUCGAUCAGGAGGUCGUCUAUACCUGCAGACCCGAGGGUCAAAGUUUAUCAAAUUCCAAGAAGUAAAAAUUCAAGAACAUAGUGAUCAAGUACCAGUUGGAAACAUUCCGCGUGGUAUGACUGUGCUUUGUCGUGGAGAGAUGACACGUCUCGCUCAGCCAGGGGAUCAUGUCAGCAUAUCAGGUGUUUUCUUGCCAAUGAUGAAACAAGGUUUUAAAGACAUGCAACAGGGAUUAUUAUCAGAGACCUUCUUGGAGGCACAUAGAAUUGUAAAGAUGAACAAGACAGAGGAUGAUGAAUUAGGAGCAGAGGAGUUGUCUGAAGACGAGAUUAAAAAAGUUGCUGAGGACGAUUUCUAUGAUAAAUUGGCCAGCAGUAUAGCCCCGGAGAUCUUUGGUCACGAGGAUGUAAAGAAAGCUCUUCUGCUUUUACUAGUCGGUGGUGUUGACAAAUCACCUCGCGGCAUGAAAAUCAGAGGAAAUAUCAACAUCUGUUUGAUGGGUGAUCCUGGAGUGGCCAAGUCUCAAUUGCUGUCUUACAUCGACCGACUCGCACCUCGUAGUCAGUACACGACUGGUCGUGGUUCAUCCGGUGUUGGAUUGACAGCAGCAGUCAUAAAGGACCCCAUCACUGGGGAAAUGACACUUGAAGGAGGGGCUCUCGUGCUUGCUGAUCAGGGAGUGUGCUGCAUUGAUGAGUUUGAUAAGAUGAUGGACACUGACCGGACAGCAAUCCAUGAAGUCAUGGAACAACAAACCAUCUCCAUUGCCAAGGCUGGCAUCAUGACAAGUUUGAACGCCCGAGUUUCCAUCCUUGCUGCAGCCAACCCUGCAUAUGGCCGAUAUAAUCCUAAGAAGACUAUAGAGCAGAACAUACAACUGCCUGCAGCCCUGUUGUCCAGAUUUGAUCUUCUUUGGCUGAUGCAGGAUAAACCUGACCGAGAUAAUGACCUGAGACUAGCUCAACACAUUACAUACGUCCACCAGCACAAUGUCCAACCUCCAAUGACAUUCACACCACUUGACAUGAAACUGAUGAGGAGAUACAUUGCCCUAUGUAAGAAGAAGCAGCCAGUGAUUCCAGAGGGUCUGGCAGAAUACAUCACAGGGGCUUAUGUAGAAAUGAGGAAAGAGUCGCGUAAUAGUAAGGACACAACCUUCACCUCUGCGCGUACACUACUUGCCAUACUUCGUCUGUCUACUGCUCUUGCAAGACUGCGCCUGGCUGAUGCAGUGGAAAAAGAAGAUGUUAAUGAAGCUAUGAGACUCACUGAAAUGUCGAAGGAUACGCUCAACCCAGCACACGAGGUUCAUUCACGAGCACAAAAUGUAACAGAUCGUAUCUUUAACCUGGUUCGUGAGAUGGUUCCGGGUAAGGGUGCUCGAGUAGUAAAGGUUAGCGAUGUUAUGGAACAGUGUACAUCAAAAGGAUUUAAGCCUGAUCAGGUGGAUGCAUGUAUUGAAGAAUACGAGGAGCUGAAUGUGUGGCAAGUUAAUCAGGCCCAUACGAAAAUCACCUUCAUCUAGAAAUGUGUGGCCAGAUAAACCAGGAUUCUGUUUUAGAAAUUUGGAUAAAUUUAAGUAUUUGUGUUUGAGCUGAGACAAUACAAACAACUUCAGAAUGGAGCUUGUUCAGGGGUAAAACUAACUUUGCCUGAAAUUUACAGAUACGUCUCUCUUAUGUCGGCUUAAGCGAACUGUUUACAAAUCUAUGCUUAAGACAAAUUAUUCUGAAAACUUUAUAUUGUGUCUCAAAAUUAGAUUUACACAUGAAAUUUCUUGGACAGAGUUGUUGGAAAUUUAAAAAAAACCGAAAAAAUGAGAGAGAAAUGUAUACUGAUAUACAAAAUGUGAGUUACAAUUCAGAUUCUGUAGUUAAUAUGGUUCAAAGUCAAUUAAAAGAACUUUAACUUAUUCAUAAGCAUAUGUAAAACAAAAUAUUUUGUAUCUACACAAUGUUUGUACAUUAAUCUUGAUGAUAUUGUUAGGAAGACACUUUUCGCAGAAAUUAUUUUGAUAUGUAUAUACAUGCAUGUGAAGCAAGAGUC